AUUUUUUAUUUUUAUUUGAGGGAAAACAUUUGAUUUGAGUUUUGACACCCAAAUUUUAAGAAGCGCCCAAAUGAACUAUCUACUACUACUACUUUUUACUUUUUACCCCAAUUUAAGAUUUUAGUGACUACAGCUACUCCCCAUUUCAAUCCACCCGUCACCGGCGCAGGCAGAACAUCCCAGAAGUCGUCGCGACACCGCCGGCAAACGGUGAUUCUAUUAGUUUAAGAAGAAGAUGGUUUCAAGAGGCAUAGCAUGUGUUGACUGCACCAUCAAAUGCGAGAGAUCUCACGGGAAGCAGCCAAGAAUUAUCGACCGAUUCUUUAAAAUCAUGUUCGGCAAAGACUGCUCACAAUUUCUGUACUUGCCUCCGGGGUCUGCAAAUAUAAUGAAGCACUUGACUAAUAAGGAAACUCAAAUUGUGGAUGUAAAUGGCCAGAAAUGGUCUGUAUCACUUUCCCUUGUCAAAGGCUCCCUUGCAUUUAAAAGGGGUUGGCAAAAGUUUUUUCGAGACCACGGUCUUAAAGCUGGAGAACUCUUGGUAUUUGAGUACUAUGGGGAAAGUGAUUUUAUUGUUCACAUCUAUGGAACAAGCGCCCGUGAGAGAACAAACUUCAAUUAUAACAUGGCUCGCCGGGGCAAAACACGUGGAAGAGAACCUGGAACAGCUUCAGAAGAUGAAUCAUGUGAUAUAGUUGGUGUAAAUAACAUGGCUCGCCGGGGCAAAAAACGUGGAAGAAACUCUGGAACAACUUCAGAAGAUGAAUCAUGUGAUAUAGUUGGUGUAAAUACGAGCAAUGAAUCCAUCUCGAUAUCUGGAGAUGAAUUUCAAAACCGUAAAGCCAAGCAUGUGGUUAAAAGUGCUGGCUUGGGGGUUUCAGAACUUCUUCCGAUACCUGUGGAUGCUGAGGAUCCAAUUUGUAUGAUCAACAAAAGUGAUUGGUAUCACGAACAAAAUAGGAAUUCCUUAUAUGACUUAAGCUUUGAGAUGGAAUACAAAACUUCAGAUGCAAAGGAAUGUGAGAGAGCUGUAAUCACAACGUUAGACCAUCAUACUGAAACUGAACAGCAUGAUGCCAACUUAGAUAAUGCAUCAGUCCCAAAAUUAUCCCCGUCUUAUAAUCAGGUUCUGGAACUGACCAACCCAGCUCAAGCGGAGCAGACUAAGACAAAUGCAGAGAAUGCUCAAGUGGCUGUGAACGAGGAAAAUCUUAUCACAAGUAAAAGUGGUGAACUUUCUAGUGACAAGUUGGUGAAAGCUUUGCAUGCAAAAACAGCCCUUUCUCAUACUGAAAAUGGAAAUGAGAUUGAAAAGGUGGAUGACACUCAAAUAGCUUCGCAUUCACAUCAAGAGGGUGGCCAGUCUGGUGGUGCUUUCAAGAACAAGUUUUAUGAGAAGACUUCCGAUAACAGAAAAAUGAAGAAGGGCGAGUUGGAUAAUGUUUGCAGUUUCCAAGAUGUGAUACCUGUUGCACUAGACAAAGCACAACCCAUAAGCAAAUCUCCUUUCGUAAACAUUGCAAAAAGCGAACAUGCUUCCGUCUCCAGUUCAACUGUCAAAAAUCCAUUAGGACUACAUGCUACUACUAUUACGAAAGGAAUCAAGAUGGAAGACAAAGACAAUGUGUUUCCUCAAUUACCAAGUGAUGGAAAGGAGCCACCAAUGACGUGGAACGAACCCCAGAUGAUUUCUCCAGUAGUAGUAAAAGCUGAACCUGAUCUGCCGUAUGAAACAGGCCAAUUGGAUACUACCAAUCCCUUUUUAUCGCCAUUUACAGCUGAUAUAGAGAGCAAACUAUACCUGGAGCUGCCGGUAGCAAUUACAUUACCUCGAGGAAGAUGGAGGACUCAGCCGAGAUUUCAUUCAAGGAUGGUCCAGAUGAUUGUAUAUCUGAGAGACUCGGUACGAAGGAUAUGGCCAGUUGUCUACUGUGAAUAUGUUGGUGGUAGAGCAUUAACUGUUAACUGGACUAACUUCUGCGAGCUAAACAACAUUAAGCCUGGGGACAACUGCCGGUUUGAAGUUGAAGAUAGUUCAUUGUUUGUCUUUAGAGUCGACGUGACACAUGGAUCUGGUUGAAUCCUCCCUCGCGAUGCAGUCAUGCAGAGCUUGUUGUGCAGCUAACUUAGCCUUUCGAAGUUGAAGUACUAGAUGAAGCAAUGCAGAGAUCUUGUAGGCUUUUUGUAAAUUUUUCUUAGUGCACCUGAUUCCCUGAAUUUUGGUGAUGCUACUGUUUGGACUGAUCCAUACCUAGUAGUUGUGUAAUGUGCAUGCCUUUUUUCUACAUUCGCUUUUUCUUUCUAGUAUCAUUUGUACUCUCUUUUAGUAUUUGGAAGGAGAUGAUUAGACACAAGAGCUAUGCAUUUCUUUUCUUA